UCCCUUUAUAUUAAGACUGAUACUUAGACAUGCCAGAGUUACUCCCCUUUGAUGUAAAUUGACCAUUUGUAAUUUAAAAGGAGUCAUUUGAUGAAACACCAGCUCUAACAUGUUUCUGGCAUAUUAUUAUUACUGUGUUCAUUGUUAAUCUAAUAAAGAAACACAAAAAGACCACGUUUUUAUAUGAACACAGUAACACAAUGCCAGUCGCACACUGCCCAAUACCAGGAUGCGAGUACGUGACGGAGGACGUUGAGGUAGCAAUCGUGGCUGCACUUAUUACGGCUCAUUCCAUGGUCCACGCCCCAGGCCCAUCCGCCAAAAUUGAGAGGGUCAAGCGACCAACAAUUGCGUUAGCUGGUACCAGUGAGGACUGGGCUUAUUUCUUAUCGCGUUGGACAGAUUAUGUCGCUGCUACCAAACUCGAAGGUCGCACCAAAGUGGUUCAGUUAUUAGAAUGUUGUGAUGAACCUCUCAGAAAGGACUUGACACGUACAAAUGGUAACACCCUUACAGAACUUACUGCAGAUCAGGUGCUCACAGCCAUCAAGGCACUAGCCGUUCGCGAGGAGAAUACAAUGGUUGCAAGAGUUAAUCUACAUAACAUGAAACAAGAUCGUGAUGAAACCGUGAGAAGUUUCGGUGCGCGUAUACGUGGUCAAGCAGGUGUUUGCAAGUUUUAUGUGAAAUGUGCCAACUGUGCUUCAGACGUCAAUUACACUGACGCCAUUCUUCGCGAUGUACUCACAAAAGGACUUGCCGACCCAGACAUACAGCUAGACCUCCUGGGCGACAGUAACCAGGAGAUGAAUCUGGAGGACGUGUUUAAGUUCGUAGAAGCAAAAGAGGCGGGAAAGCGCUCAGCUUCGAAACUUUUGGACUCCAAUGCAGUGGCAGCUGCAAGCAGCUCUUAUCGAAAGCUCAAGCACGUAAAUCAGCCGACGCCCAAGGACAAAACAGAAACAUGCACAUAUUGUGGUACCAGAGGUCACGGAAAAAGCUCCACAUCUAGUGUUCGACGAAAUGAGUGCCCAGCAUAUGGACACAUAUGCGACUUGUGUAAUCGCAAUCAUCAUAUUGAAAGUGUUUGUCGUAGUAAAGAUAAGCCUAAACUUAACAGAAACAUUAACACAUUCUCAAAGAAUUCAGCUGUAUUUGAUGCUUUAUGUACUGUUAAUGAUACUUUUGUUAAUGCCUUUGACGAUUCUUGCACGUUAAGUGAGUCUGGUGUUGAGCGUGCAUUACGCAUUAACCACCAUGUAUAUGAUAAACUUUCAGAAACAUGGGUUAAAAAACGAUCAGCCUCUCAAGCAUUUGUUAAUGUUGUUGCUACAGUUUCUCAUGAUGAUUACUCUGCCCUUGGUUUUGACUUGAAAAACAAAUGCUUUAUUUCAGCUACUAUACCUGCCAUGGCAGAUACAGGAUGCCAGAGUUGCCUAACUGGUUUGAAAGUCCUCAACAAGCUAGGCCUGCGCGAAUCAGACCUCAUCCCAGUGACCAUGAACAUGCAUACAGCAACAAAUGUUGGAAUCAAGAUCAUCGGUGCUACGAUACUCCGCUUGCGUGCCACUAACGAUACAGGCAUACCGAUAGAGACCCGACAGAUGACUUACGUAUGUGAUACCACUGACAGGUUGUUCCUCAGCAGAGAAGCCUGCUCAGCACUUGGUAUUAUUCCCGAUGCCUUCCCUGCGGUUGGUGCAUACGCAGUAAAUGCUGUCACGGUGAAUCCCCACCCAUCACCAUUGGCAACGCAUCCAUGUGACUGUCCCAAACGCCAAAUGCCCCCUCCCCCUCCCACAAGGAUGCCAUUCCCUGGCACAUCUGAAAAUUUACAGCGUUUAAAAACCUUCCUCCUAGACCACUACAGUGCUAUUACUUUCAACACAUGUGAGCAUCAACCACUGCCUUUGAUGGACACACCCCCGAUGAAACUCAUGGUAGACGACACUGCGGAACCCAUUGCCCAUCAUACACCCAUACCUGUCCCUAUUCACUGGCGUGAAGGCCGGUUUAGACCAAGAUGUCCGUUUAGGCGUCAUAGAGCCAGUCCCAAUCGGUGA